AUGUCGCAAACGAUAGGCAAGACCCGUCUGGCCUACUCCCGCACAUGGCAUUACAUCGACGUGGGCAGUGAUUCUCGCCCGCUAGGCCGCGUGGCUUCCAGCAUUGCGACUUUCCUCAUGGGCAAGCAUAAACCCAUCUACGACCCUUCAACAGACUGCGGCGACUACGUCGUCGCCUGCGGCUGCCACGACAUCCACGUUACAGGCAAGAAGCGCCAGCAAAAGCAAUACUACACGCACAAUACGCGGCCGGGGUCGCUGAAGCAAAUGUCUAUGGAGAAGAUGAUCGAGAAAUGGGGCGGAGGUGAGGUGUUAAAGAAGGCGGUUAGGGGGAUGUUACCAAAGAAUCGACUGCGGGACAAGCGACUGGCCAGAUUAAAGGUAUUCGAGGGCACGAAACAUCCGUACAAGGCGAAUAUUGUCAAGUUUGAGGGUCGGCCGUUCACAGGGGAUCAGCCAGAGACGGGCCCGGUCAUGGCUGCGAUUGAGGCAAGUAAGGAUGCGAAGGAAGGUCCUUUAUAA